CCACAAUUCUGCUUCUUUUCCACUUCUGGUUCUAUAGGACGCUUUCUCUUACUCUCUCUCCAAUCUCUCUCUCCUCCUCGCAAUGGCAACUCUCCACUCUCUUGCAUUGUCGUCUCCGCUCCCUAACUCUCUUCAGAAGUCCCGUUCUUUCUUAGUCUCAUCUUUGGCUGUUCAUCGAAGUACACAUUCCUCAUUCAAUGGCCAGUCUUUAUCCCUGCCUCGUCUGAGGCUGCCUUCGGUAGCACUAAAUCCUCCAACACGCGGACCCAUUAUUAUGAUGGUCAAACCAACCAUACAGUUCAUCCAAGGAACAGACGAGCUAACGGUGCCAGAUGUAAGGCUCACUAAAUCGAGAGAUGGAACAAAUGGCAUGGCUAUCUUCAGGUUUGAUCAGCCCUCAGUUUUCGAUUCUUCUGGUGAAGUUGGUGACAUCACAGGCUUCUAUAUGAUUGAUGAGGAAGGUGUACUUCAAUCGGUUGAUGUGAGUGCCAAAUUUAUCAAUGGGAAGCCUUCGGGAAUUGAAGCCAAGUAUGUAAUGCGAUCUCCACGGGAGUGGGAUAGAUUCAUGAGAUUCAUGGAGCGGUACUCCAAUGCUAAUGGUUUGCAAUUCAUUAAAAAAUGAGUCAUUGUGCUAACUCUUCUCUUUUCCCCACUCUUCUUUUUCCAUUUGUCAUGAAGUUGGCUUUUGUAUUAUAGUAGAAUAAUGGAUUCAUGUGCAUGUAAAUCUAUUCACAUACACAUAUCCUUCUGAGUUCAUCUGAAUUGCAAAAAUUUUGCUCUUUCUGCUGUUGUCUAGAUCUUACCAGACUCUUUCUUGGAACUGAGUUCAUAUAGCUCUUGGUUAUAUGACUUCCUAUAGUAUGUUUAUCUUGCUUUGAAGUUAGGCGAGCAAUACCAUGGAGCAUUACAUUA